AUGAUCAGAUGGUUGAACAAGAUAUCGACGUUGAACUCUCCAGAAGCUUCUGCGACUUCCCUCAACGCUAGUUCUCGUUUGUUUCGUCUUAUGAUCCUCUCAAAAUCGAAAUCUUCCAGCAAAUAAGUGGAACUCGGCGUACGCGUCGGACCCUUCAGAGUGGGAACGUAUUUUCGACGCCAAAUGGGCCGUCGCAGAAAAAGUUCUCGAAAAGAAGCUCACCGAUGUGGAGCAUGACGUCAAUUACGAAGAGGUUCUAUUCUUUAGACCUUCCUUUUGGGGUUAUAUUCAGAUUUCAGAUGACUUCUCUGUUGGAAAGUGCGAGUCACAUGUGCAACCUCCUGAUGUUGGAAGUCAAUUCGCAGCCCGAGCCGGCCAUCGGACCCAUUUUGGACCGAUAUUUCACCCAGCAGAUCUUCGAAAGGAUCCUCGACUGGGCCAUCCAACUGCCAGAGUUUCUCAAGCCCACCUGUCAGGUUGGAUUCUUCGAGUCCAGCCCCAGCAAAUCAUGGAAUACAGCUGGCUUUGAUAAGAAUGUACGAAGGAAUCGUGGGCGGCUCUCACACCCAGAACCACUGUCUUCUCGUCCACAAACCGAUUUUGAACCCUCUUCUUCGGCUCUGCGAAUGGUUCCUCGUCUUUUGGAAUCGCAGAUAUAUUUCUGUUUCCAGGUGCAAACGAGCUGACGGCAUGUGGUACAGAGAGCCAAAAAGAGGAGACCCGAGCACGACAGAAAAACAUUUUGUCUUGUUGCUCAAUCAGGUUUUCAUUAUUGUCUUUAUAGUUAAUGAGCUUUUCCUCAGAUUUGCACGAAGCUUGCCGAAGAUCGUACCCUUCUGCACUUUUUCUUCUAUCGAGCCAAUGGUUUCGAGCAAUUCACAGUUUUCACGCUUCUCAUUCCUUUUCUCUACGAACAGGUAAAUGAAUCAAAAGUUUACCUAACAGCAGGGUUUGUGCUGUAGAACGACGUCGGCCAGUUGUCGCGAGAUGCCCUUUUACUGAUUCUUUCGGUCUCUGCACACCACAGUUCAAUCGCCGAAUUCGUGGCUUCGAAGGUGAGAAAAAAAAGAAGUUCAUGUUCAUGAGAGGAAUGCUUUCUGAAAUUUUGAGAGGGAAGGGGCGGCUCAGAAGGCGCCCGUAAGAUAGAAGCAUGCGUCUUUGCGAAUUAAAAUGUUUAUUCUGUCCCACUUUUAUAAAUCUCAGAGAAUUUCACAAUGCUUUGAAAUGACAGUUGAUCAGUGGUUACGAAAAAAAAAGAAUAGGAUUUUUUUUUUCUCAAACACUUCACGAAAAUGAAAAGUUACUAGUAGUUUUCUUUUUCUGCCUAGUCGGCGUCUUACAUGGAAAAAUUGUAUUCCUAUAAAAAAACUGGUUCCUCUCCCGAUGUCCCAUUUUUCACUUCUACUUUUUCAAGUUAACCGCUUUUGAAAAAUCUCAGCGAGAUGGACACGUGGAAUGAACCAUGCUGAACAUAUGGAUUUCAAGGAUGUGAAGUUGGAAAUAGACAAGUGGAAUAGAAAGGAUUUAAUUCAUUAAUGAAGUCGACGCUUCUUGCAGACUGACUUCUGUCCAGUCGUGGCGACGGGGCUUUCCGGCUGUUUUUCGCAGUUGGACCGCGUCCUUCUGGGCGACGGCGGCGAACGGAGUCUCGAUGAACAGAAGGCAGACGCUCUUCUCGACUUCCACUCUUCGUUGCUCUUCUGCAACGCCGUCGUCCAAGCCGGCCACGUUCGCGUCGUCGAGCAAAUCUGCGACUUCUUCUACUCGGGAUUCUUGAUCUCCGUCGUGAAGCCAGUGCUUCUGCAGGACGACCGAGAGUGGAUCGCCGCGUGUCUUUCUUAUCUUCAGGUGCCAACUUCGCCUCGGAAUUUCUUCAUCAGAAUUUCAGAUGUGUGUCGAGGUUAUCACCGAAAGCGCGCUGCUUUUCACCAUCUUCCGCCUUCUACUAACGGAGAGAGACGACGGCGGUUCUAUUUUGUACGAGCGCAUUAUUUUAUUCACAACCGUCAGAGACAAGGUAAAGCAAGAGAACACAUUUGUUGAGAAACUCCAAUUCGUAUAUUUUAUUGGCACUUUAACGACGUUUUCAAAUCUUCAGGCAGCUGUUGUUUCAUUGUCUCUUUUGGAAUCACUAUCACAACUUUGCUGCGAAGAUUUCAUGCUAGGUGAGGUUGUUUUUACUCAAUUUCGACAACAACAAAAAAAAAACACAAUGUUUCUUUUCAGCUACAAUUUUCCAUCCUCUGCUAUCGACAAAAGUUGCCAACAGACGAAAUAUCUCAAAGGUUUUUCCCCUUUGCUAACUAUCAUGGAAAGAAAUUUCGUAGACAGUCCAAGACAGAAACCGGUGCGUUUCUCUGUCCGAGAAGAUCUUGGAAGCCGUGCCAAGCUGUAUCCUGCCUUUCCGCGAAGUGUGCUCUCAGCACACCUUGGCGACCUACCUGACGGAGAGUCGGAUCCGGAUGGAGGCCCGUUGCGAGCAGUGCGCCGAGUGGAAAUGGCGCUACGACGGCAGCCGUCCCAAGAGCUAUCUCGCCAAUGACAGCGACGACGAGCCAAGUUCCCAGAUUGUCAUUAACCCUUUUCGUUGACCUAUCCGUAUUCUUUCGCUUUCAGAACUUGUCUGUGAGGUCUUCUAGUAGAUCUUCCACGUCAUUAGGUCUUCACGGCGUCAAUCGCUACUUCCACUCGUCGCACACUUCCAGCGAUUACGUCAACGGUAUCCGUAGUUUUUUUUUUGUUUUGCUUAUUUGCCUCAGCUCAGGAGACGUUGGGGCUCUUGGACUGCCGACGCGAAACGACUCUUUGGACUCUAAUGAAACAGAAUUCGAAGAGGACGCUAAUUUUGUGCUUCCUCCACUCAAGUCAUUUUUUUCUUUUAAUAUAUUGACAGUUUUUCUUUAUGAAAAACUUCACAUUUAUUCUGAAAAUUGAAAUAAUCCAGAAAAAAAAGUUCUUCAGUGAUUCUCGAUUGAUGACUUCAUCAAUGGUAGACUACUUUCAAAUCGCUUCGUUGGAUGAUUUGAGCGAAUCUGAUGAUCAAAUGGUGAAACUGUGAUGCUGUCUUCUUUUGAAAUAACUUUUUGAAUAGUUCAGACUAACACUCAGAUGACAGUUGUUGAGCCAGAAACUGAUGGCGAAAUGAUGAAUUCUUUCAUUCUUUCGGGCUGGCAGGACGUCGAGGUGACUUCCUUUCUCAGUAAUAAAAGACUGUUUCUUCCAGGACAAGGAGACGUUGCUGAGUUUGCUGGGAAAACGCGCGCCGACGACAACUUCGUUGACUACCGAUCAACUCGUUGAUUUCGUCGAGCAAAAGCUGAAUUCUAUGCAACGGGAUCCAGCCGAAAAUACCAUUGAUCAGCCCCGAAGGGAUAGUUUUUCAACUGAAAAACCCACAACUACAGGAUUCUCUGUAUCUAGUUGCUCAGGUUAGCUCAGUAUGCCGUCUACUGAGAGAAUGACCUUUUCAGAGAAUCCAUUGCUACUGACAAGCCUUCUGCAGGCUCUCGACUCUCUCUGCGACAACUCUCUUCCUUUCAACAUUGAGCUCUGCAACUUACUCGCCACUCUUCUCUCUUUCCCUCAGCCUAUCCUCUCUUUCUAUCUCUUCGAUUCAAAAAACGAUAACAGCAAGAACUCGAUCAUUUCAGUAUGUUUCAGUGAGACUACACAACCUUAUCUUGUGUUCUGCAGACGCUGAACAACUUGAAAACGCGGAUAGACUGCAUGGCCGAAGGAGUGGAAGGUUUCGAGGUUUGGGUCGGACGCGCUCUUCGGACCCUCGAAAUGCGCUCUGUCAGAAUUCGCCGCCAACAUCACUACAACGCAAAGUUGUACUUUGCUCUGUGUUCCAAUAUUUUUUAUCUUGCUUCAGGGCAGAAAAUAACACCGAUGACUCAAUUUCAACGCUUUUCUGGGGUCGAAGUUUUGGGGGAUCUCGUAGAUUAGCCACCUACAGGUCAGUAAAAUUGACGUUAUUUCAGAAGAGUUCUCAAGUUAAAAAAAAAUGGCAAAAUAUAUCUUCCGUAAUUUUUUCAAGUUUAUCAGAAGAAAUAACUGCGAAAUUUCUGACUAUUGAAUGCUGAAAAUCUGAGCUUCGUAAUCUGCACAUGUUCCUAGCUUUCCAAUUUUUUUUGUGUGCGGAAAGAACAUGAACGUCUCUUUUUUGAGAUAAUCUGUCGUAAAAUUCUAGUGACCAAAGAUCAAAUCAGACAUCAACGACCAAGAUUUGAUUGAUUUAUUGAGUGAAAACCCGAGGUUCUGACAAAAGAACAAAUAAAUUAUUUCGUGAAAAAAAGAUAUUACAGCUGAGGCUCAGAAUGAGAAAUUAUUGUUGUUUUUUUGUCAAUUUUUUUAAAAGAUAGAAUACCAGAAAAUCUUGUUUUUUUAAGAAUAAAAAAAGUCAUUAAACAUGACUAUUUUUCCAUUUCUUCAUUCAUUGAGUAAUUUCUUUUUCCGAUUUUUGCUUCAUAAUUUCAAAAAGUCAGCUGAAUAAAAGAAGUUUAUCUUUCAAAAAAAGGAGAAAGAAACAUAUUCGCUGAUCUAAAUCUGAAAAAUUGAACGAGAGGAGAUCAAGUUUCUGUAAGAAAAAGUUUAUCUUCUGAUUUAUGAACUUUCGAAUUUUCUUCAUUCAGGGAAAAAAAUACUCGCUUUGAGACCAAACUGUUAUUUUUAAAUAACAGUCUCCGAUUCAAAUCUGGAGCACUGGUGUAGAAUAUGAGUACUGUAAGAAAAAAUUUUUUUUGAAAAAAACAUAAGAGAAAAGCGUCCCUCCGAGGUUUUUUCAACCUUCCAUAAAACUUUGAUUUUUUUUAGCGUUAUUUGAAGAAGAAGCAACAAAACUAAAGGAAGAGGAAUUCAUACGAAAGGAGGUUAACGGAAUUACUUUUAACUUUGAUCCCAACGGAGAUAUUGAAAAUAAAAAUGAUUUACCUGUAUAUUUUUCAAAUUAAAGUUUCUAAAAUGUGAAUGGGUUCGAAAUUUUCGGUAUAGUUACUAAUUUCUAUGAGUUAUUGAAUUGAAAAAAAAAGGUUCAGACUUCACAGUCACAAGUGGAUGGAGAGCCUCGACUCGCAACGCGACGACACCACGGCCAAGCAAACGGCCCACGCGGCCAUCCUCCUCGCCAACCUUUGUCAGAUGCUCGCCGCCAUCGUCAUUCAACAAUCCGUGGUCCUCUGAAGCCACUACUGUUUUUUGAAUAUUUAUCAUUUUCCUUCGUGUCAUUUGUUGAGAUUUGUUAAUUGCUUUGAAAGAAAUGUAAAUAUCCUUCUAGACUCUUUACAAUACUUACCAAAAAAACGAGGUUAUUUGAAAAGAUUAUUAUCUAAAUAUACUUUUUUUCACGAGUCCAUUCUAUUGCAUACUUCACUUUGAUUUCGCUGAUUCACCACGUUUCCACGACCUCCUUUGAUUCUUCUUUUUCUUUGUUUUUUUUUCAAUAACUAACCUUAUCAAAAGUGCCACUAUUUAUCUCUCGAAUGGUUGUUAUAGGCUUAUAAAGACUAAAGACUGAAACAAUACUUCCGUGUUGACUUUUUGAUCAAUUGUUGUUUCCUAACUGGAAGUUCAUAUUUGUUACAAACAAAAAGACGUUUGGAAAAGUCAAAAUUUCAUUGUGAUAUGUACCUCGAGCGUAUUUGAAGAAGUUCGUAAGCUCUUCUAGGUAAAUCUGAACGGCCAUUUGCCCGCAAUUCGCGUAAUUAUUCAAGUAGCAUUUGACACAGAGUCUCUGUAAUUUUAAAAACAGGGUACAGUUUAAAGUAUUUUUUUUGGUCUCGAUGAAGCUUAACUUAUUUGAUGGCCCAUCUUCUCACGUGAAGAAUAAUGAAACGUCAAGUCUACCUAUUUCGUUUUCAGCAAUAGCCCGAGUAGUGCUCAACAAGCACGUGUGUUUUAUCUUUUUCCCCGACUGACGAGGUGAGCUCAAACUAAAAAGACUUUUUUUUUCAAUAAAAAAAUAAUGACAAAAAUUUCUGAAAGCUUAUUACCUUAUUACGUUAGGAAUCACUGGUUUAAAAAAGAAGCCAUCUCGUCUUUAUUUAAUUUUCCGCAAAUCCUCCGUGAAAAAACUCUCAAAAUCUGAUGAAUCUGGACUUUCAACUAUUUCUGUUAAAAUGUUUCAUAUAAAAUUAAUUUUUUGAAAAUAUUCCUUUUUUUCGAGUGCAAAGAGCAUGCCAGUUGUUACGUAAAAUGUACAGCUGAACUUAUCUUUUUUGCUGAGUCUUCAAAGACGCCCAUUAAAACGAUGAAAAUCUAAUGAUGUUGGGUUUCCAGAUCCAAUUCUAUCUAA